AUGCCGGCACGCUUCGGCCUCCUGCAGAGUAAUUCCGGCUUAUUUGUCACCGGAUGGCAGUCAGCUAUAGGUAACACCGGUCGACAUGGCUAUGGGCGAGUGCACGCCGAACGACCAAACAAGGUGCAGGUCCAAGCAAUCUCCUUCGCGAGUCCGACCCCCGUCGCUCCCAGGGCGAAGCGGAAGAAUCAGAUCCCGACAACGUACUCAGAGUGA